GAGUUACCUAAGGGAGGGGUGGGAGCGUGAGAAGCUGGAGGAAGGGAUGCUGCAGACGAAACAGACCCUCUCGGCUAGGAAGGGACCCGCUGGGGAUGCAGUGGGGAAGGUAUGGCUAGGACAGCAAUGUGAACACAGCUCCUCUGUCAGUGCCCCUCCCAAAGGUUAUGACAUUUUUCUCUGGGAUUGUCACAUUUUUAAAUUCUUUUUUUGGACUGGGCAGACUCCAGGACGUUCUUUUUCCUUCUGUGGAGCAGAACAGCAACCACUCUCCAGGGAGCCUCUGUCCCCAGAGAUCAGAUUUACUGCCUGUCCGGCCUCUCUCAGCCUGAGGACCAUGUGGGGCUGGGGAGUGAGAGGAGCCCCCCAAUAAGGGGUGGGAGGACCCUCAUUCAGACCCUGUGCUCCCCCCCCAGAGGAGGACAUAGGUGGCCCCACUGCCCUGAGCAGGUGCAGUGAGUCAGGUCCAGGGCCUGCAGCUGGAAGGAAGGGGCUGCUUCCCACCUCUUUACCAAACGGCCCCGCGCACCUCACAGAACCCCACAUCAUCUGUCUCCGGUGCAGAACUGGUUGGAGAUGGAGGCUUUCAAGGGCAGUACGGGUGGGGGUGUGGAGCAGGAAGUACAGGCCCUGGGUACUCCACCAGACCUCAGGCUGCCACACCCCUUCCUUUCCCUAGAAAUUUGACCCCCAGAAGGAAGCCCAGCCGGCGCGCUACUUCGGCGUCCCCAGCUGCUUGCCCGGAACCCAGGAUCUUAGAGGAAGCUGGGCAGGUGGUGAGGGACUGAGGCCCCCAGUAGACCCCUGGAGCUGGCACCGCGGAGCCUGGGCAGCCCCUUCCACCCACCCAUGCCCACCCCGAAUGAGGCUGAGAAGCAGCACACAGGGCCAGAAGAGGCGGACAGGCCCCCCUCAAUGUCCAGCCAUGCCACAGCCCCCCGGGGGGCCCCCAGCCGCAACCCCUGCUGCUUGUGCUGGUGCUGCUGUUGCAGCUGCUCCUGGAACCAAGAGCGGCAGCGAGCGUGGCAGGCCUCCCGUGAAAGCAAGCUGCAGCCCCUCUCCAGCUGUGAAGCUUGUGCCCCACCGAGCCCUGAGGAGGUGCAGAGCUGGGCGCAGUCCUUUGACAAGCUGAUGCACAGCCCUGCGGGCCGCAGCGUGUUCCGGGCAUUCCUGCGCACGGAGUACAGCGAGGAGAACAUGCUCUUCUGGCUGGCCUGCGAGGAGCUGAAGGCAGAAGCCAACCGGCACGUGGUGGAUGAGAAGGCACGCCUCAUCUACGAGGACUAUGUGUCCAUCCUCUCCCCCAAAGAGGUGAGCCUGGACUCCCGAGUACGGGAGGGCAUCAACAGGAAGAUGCAGGAGCCGUCCGCACACACGUUUGAUGAUGCACAGCUGCAAAUCUACACUCUCAUGCACCGGGACUCCUACCCUCGCUUCCUUAGCUCCCCCACCUACCGUGCCCUGCUGCUCCCAGAGCCCCCACAGUCCUCCUCUGAGGCCUAGCCCACUGCCAUGGUGCAGAUACUCCACGUGAUCACGGACAGAGUCUGGGCUCACAGCCGUGCCUCCACCUGGCUGGAUGGGGUUCCCAAACCCUGGAAGCCAACCCAGUCCCAGUGGGAAGUGCUGCACCCCCCCCCCAGCCCCCCGGCUCCAUCUUCCCUGGUCCAGCAGGAGCUCCAGCUGCAGGGCAGGGCAGGCUGGAAGCCCCUUGGCAGACUGAAGCUGUAAGCCUAGCAUCCCCGGCAGCCCCAAGAUGUACCUUGGGCCCCCAGCCUUGACGAGGCCUUCUCCAGGCAGCCACGCCCAGGACGUGCCUUGGGGAGAACAGAGCCUGUACCAUCUGCUUUGUAGCAGGACACACUUCUACUUGAGCUGUCUGCAUCCCAGAACCAGACCUAGAACCUCAGAACAAGAUGUGGAACCUCAGAACCAGGCUUAGGUGACAGGACCUGAUUAUAUUUUAUAUGUUCAUGAACUUUAAACCUGGAAACAUAUCCUUGCUGUAUGUUUUAUCAAAAAAAAAGAGAAAGAAAAAAUA